GCACCGACCUACUCUUUCUCCAAAAGUAGCUGAAGCACAGAAGUCCCCAUCAUGGAUUUUCAACAUCGACCUGGAGGUAAAACUGGAAGCGGAGGCGUAGCCUCUGCCUCAGAAAGUAACCGUGACCGCAGGGAGAGGCUCCGGCAGCUGGCUUUGGAAACCAUCGACAUCAACAAGGACCCUUAUUUUAUGAAAAAUCACUUGGGCUCUUAUGAAUGCAAGCUUUGCCUAACGCUGCACAACAACGAGGGAAGUUACUUAGCACAUACCCAGGGGAAGAAGCAUCAGACCAAUUUGGCCCGUCGUGCUGCCAAGGAAGCGAAGGAAGCCCCUGCCCAGCCCGCGCCAGAAAAAGUCAAAGUGGAAGUGAAGAAAUUUGUGAAAAUUGGACGGCCGGGUUAUAAAGUGACCAAACAGAGAGAUCCAGAAACAGGCCAGCAGAGCCUUCUCUUCCAGAUUGAUUAUCCAGAGAUUGCAGAAAGCAUCAUGCCUCGCCAUCGGUUCAUGUCGGCCUAUGAACAAAGGAUUGAGCCCCCUGAUAGACGCUGGCAGUACCUUCUGAUGGCAGCAGAGCCCUACGAAACCAUAGCUUUCAAGGUGCCAAGCAGAGAAAUCGACAAAGCAGAAGGAAAGUUUUGGACCCACUGGAACAGGGAAACCAAGCAGUUCUUCCUUCAAUUCCACUUCAAGAUGGAGAAGCCCCCAGCUCCCCCAAACCUCCCUCCGGGGCCCCCAACUGUGAAGCGGCCUCCUCCGCCUCCCCUGAUGAACGGCUUGCCCCCCAGGCCCCCCCUGCCAGACUCCAUGCCGCCGCCACCUCCGGGAGGCAUGACUCUGCCUCCCAUGCCUCCCUCCGGGCCGGUGCCGCCACCUCCCGUGCCACCUCAGCUGCCACCAGCACCCGGCGUGCCCCCCCCUGCUCCUCUGCCGCCCAUGAUGAGGCCACCCCUCCCCACGGAGGGGCCAGGCACUAUCCCCCCUCCGCCUCCCUCCAACUGAAGCCCCUCCUGGACUCAGUCCUGCUGGACUCCUCUAGUUCGGAUCUUUUUAUAUGCAGAUCACAACUGAUUCAGAUCAACAUGUCUGUUUUGUAUGCCCGUGAAUUUGACUAAAUCCUGUAGGUUCAUUAAAAGGUUUUCCAUUUUCCUUUCUCUAUGUUUCCGGGUAUUUUGGUUAAAAAUGUUGCCGUGUGUUCACUUUCUUUAGCCCUUAAAAUAUAUAAACCAUUCCCAGUCUGGUUACAGUUCGGAAUUCCCCGAAAAGGAGGCAAAGAAUUGCAGAUUUCAGGCGCUUCACCACCUUCUAACUGAAUCGCUGCAUCAACCCUGGCUCAGCUGUGUUGGCUUUAACACGUUACCCCGCUUAGGCUGCUCCGGUGUGUAGCCCAUAAAUUACCAGCCAGUUAAUUAGUCACUAUUCAGCCCAAGUCCUUUAUCAAGCUGUUCAUUCAGGGAUGGGGAGACUUGUCAUAGACACACAGAAAGGAUUCUGGUCCUGCAGCACCAGUAACCGGGGCAGAAGGGAGGGGAAGCAGGAUUUGCUAAACCCAGAUUUCUCUCUUUUCCCGCUGAUUUACGCUCACAAUCGGAAGAGCGUCGCUCCUGCUGCAUUUGGAAACCUCCCUUCUCCUCCCGGUGCCAGAGCGCUGUGCUGUAGCUCAGGUGGUGCCAGCUAAAAGCUGGAAACAUCUCUACUGAGGAAAUCAGUUUGGACGCCUGCUCAGGAGUCCUUGAGAGGUGCCAGACAAGAUUUCAUUGACAAUUUUCGACAGAAUCGUCCUUCCCCGGUACGCAGCUGCCGAGCUCCUACCCGCUGUUGAUGCCAAGUGUGGGAUCACAAACAAAAGUGUCGGUGCUCUCGCUUGUGCCAGGGAUCUCUGGGAAUGUUUAGUCAAAUGAAAUUACCAAAGCUGCAGCGAUAUUAAAUCGUAGUUUGCUACUAUAAUUCAUCAAAUGUCUGUAGCGUUACAGAGCACCUGCUGUCAUGUAUGAUUUUUAUUGUAUAUAUCCUCCCACUAGUAGAGUGGUUUUGGCAAGCUUUUAGUUCUCUGUGGUUUGAUUUAUACUAAAUGUUUCCUUCAAACAAUCAUUUGGUUCCCGUUAAAAAGUAGAAGUUC